AUGGAGCUUCCGGUUUUGGAUAGGUUUUGUUUUGUGUUCAACUUACGGACAGGAUGUAUCGUAAUGGGGAUUUUGAAUUCGAUCCUAACCUUCCUGCUAGCAGUUCUUCUCAUCAGCUAUGCUGUCGACGUCAAGGAUGCCGCGGAUUCCAUCAAGCUGCGAGAAGACGUCGAGGGCGCCAUGUCUUCUGUGGUCUACACCAUCGUGGUUCUGCUGGUGGUACUCCUGUUCGUCAAGUUCCUUCUGGACAUGAUCUUCGUAUAUGCUGUGUAUAAGGAAAAGUGCGGUAUAAUGAAGAACUACUGCAUCUUCUGGAUCGUAUUCCUCGUUCUUUUUAUCAUCGGCUUCCUGAAAACCCUGUUCCAUAUGGACGCAGGGCAUGUCAUCGCUCAGAUACUAUUCCUUGCUGAAAACUUCUACUACAUCGUCGUUAUAAGAAGCUAUCUAAUAUCUAUCAACGAAGAUGGAGUUCUCUAA